CAGCAGCUUUGCAGCGGCAAGGCCACGCACUGGGAAAGGCGUCGGUUAGGGCGUCCGAGAGCCGAGGCAGACGGCUGCAGCUCGCUCGCUCACUCAGCAGAGCUCUCGGGCCGCCAGCGAGUGCUCAUGAGCGCCUCCUGGCGAACCGUCCGCGGCCUCUUGGCUGCCGCCCUCCCUUUCCCCCCCCCGCCAGCCCUACUCCACACCGCCUCCUGGGCGGGCCUCGGAUCCGCCUCCAGCCGCUUGCGGGGGUGAAAGGAACAUGGUGGCCGCUUCCUCCCUUCCCAGUUGCUGCGACAGCAGCGCUUCUUCUCAUUGCUCUUGAGGAGGCGGCAGCAGGGCGGGCGCCGCAGCAGCCAGGCCGGAGGACGUCUCGGCGGCGCUUACGUGAGGAGGAGGAGAAGGGGAGCCCCGCUUUUGGCGCCGCCGCCGCCGCCGCAGUAGCUCUUGGCUUCCUCUGUGCCCAGCAGAUGGAGGAUUAGUUAGCUGAAAAGACCCCCUUGGAUGCCAGCACAAAGGAUACAGACAGCAGGUGUUGAGGAAUUCCAGGCACAACUAUGAUAGAGGAUAAAGGUCCAAGAGUGGCUGACUACUUUGUAGUGGCAGGACUCACCGAUACAUCAACACUUCUGGAUCAAGAAGUAAAUCGCUUUGAAACAAAGUCGGUUGGUCCAAAGGCUCCAAUCACAGAUAUUGCUAUUAUCAUUAAAUCAGCAGGUGAAACUGUUCCUGAGGGUUACACUUGUGUUGAAGCAACCCCUACAGCACUUCAAGCCAACUUGAACUAUGGGAGUCUUAAAAGUCCAGAGCUUUUCCUUUGUUACAAGAGGAGCAGAGAUAAGCCACCUUUGACCGACAUUGGAGUUUUAUACGAAGGGAAAGAACGUUUAAUGCCAGGCUGUGAGGUGAUCCAAGCUACUCCCUACGGCCGCUGUGCUAAUGUCAAUAACAGUUCAGCUACUUCCCAGCGAAUCUUUAUCACCUUUCGAAGGGCUCAUCCAGUGCGACCCCAAAACUCCUUGGCUGUUACCGACAUCUGUGUUAUUGUAACCAGCAAAGGAGAAACCCCUCCUCACACUUUCUGCAAAGUUGAUAAGAAUUUAAAUUGUGGCAUGUGGGGUUCCAGUGUAUACCUAUGUUAUAAGAAGUCUGUUCCAGCUUCUAACUCAAUUGCAUAUAAAGCUGGCUUAAUAUUCAGAUAUCCAGAAGAGGAUUAUGAGUCAUUCCCCUUGUCAGAAUCUGUACCUCUCUUUUGUCUUCCAAUGGGAGCUACUAUUGAGUGUUGGGACCCUCAAACCAAAUAUCCAUUACCUGUAUUCUCAACAUUUGUUUUGACUGCCUCAUCUGCAGAAAAGGUGUAUGGUGCUGCCAUUCAGUUUUAUGAGCCUUAUUCACGAGAGCUGCUAACAGAAAAGCAGCACAUACAACUGGGCCUUCUGACUGCUGUAGAAAGGAAAGUGGUUACCUCUAAAUCCAUAAAUUCCAACAAGUGCAUCUGCCUUCUGUCACACUGGCCUUUCUUUGAAGCCUUCAGAAAAUUCCUGAUGUUCAUCUAUAAGUUGUCUGUGUCUGGACCGCAUCCUCUUCCAAUUGAAAAGCACAUAUCACACUUUAUGCAUAACAUCCCUUUCCCUUCUCCUCAAAGACCAAGAAUCCUUGUACAGCUUUCAGCACAUGAUGUAUUAAUACUGUCUCAACCAGUUUCCACACCUUUGCCACUCAGUGGAGCAAACUUCAGUACUUUGCUUAUGAAUCUUGGACCAGAAAACUGUGCUACUGUUCUCCUCUUUGUGUUACUGGAGGGCAAGAUCCUGCUACACUCUCUCCGACCAGCAGUGCUGACUGGUGUAGCUGAAGCUGUAGUAGCUAUGAUCUUUCCGUUUCAGUGGCAGUGUCCCUACAUACCCCUCUGUCCUUUGUCCCUGGCAACAGUGCUCAGUGCUCCCGUCCCAUUUAUAGUUGGAGUUGACUCACGGUACUUUGAUCUUUAUAACCCACCAGAGGAUGUUGUUUGCAUUGACUUAGACACAAACAUGGUGUACAUUUCAGAUGAUAAGAAGAGCAUGAACUGGAAACAACUUCCUAAGAAGCCAUGCAAAAGCCUCCUCAGCACCUUAAAGAAACUGCAUCCACAGCUGGCAUUAGUUCACAGAAAGACUCAAGAAGGCUCUGCGGUUGAGAUGACACCGAUAGAGGCAGACUUCUCCUGGCAUAAGAAGAUGACACAGUUUGAAAUGGAGAUUCAGGAAGCCUUCCUACGUUUUAUGGCAUCUAUUUUAAAAGGGUACAGAACAUUUCUUAGACCAAUCACACAGGCACCUUCAAAUAAAGCUACUGCAUCAGAUUCAUUGUUUGACCUUCAAGGUUUUUUAAAGAGUCGAGAUCGUGCAUACACAAAAUUCUACGUGGGUUUGACUAAAACACAGAUAUUUAGCCGCUUCAUAGAAGAAUGCAGUUUUGUGAGUGAUAAAGAUACUGGCUUGGCAUUUUUUGACGACUGCAUAGAAAAGCUUUUUCCUGAGAAAGGAUCAGAAAAAGGAGACAAGGUUGAUGUAGAAUCUGCAGAGGACACCCGGUUGAUUGAGCUUGAUGAGUCACAGAAGAGUGAGCAUACAGUGUUUAUAAUGCCACCAGAGCCUCCCCUUGAUAAUGGACAGGAGAGAUUACCCAAAUAUAGCUAUAAAAACUUCCCCAGACUAGAUUUUAAGCUGUUUGACAGGCCACAGGAGUUCAAGCUUUCAUUUACUAGGCAUCCAGCUGGAGGCACCAUUUCAAAUAGUCCAGCACUCAUGGCGAAGAGGACAAAACAGGAAAUAAAAGCAGCCCAUAAAUUAGCCAAGAGAUUCUACGCACAUCCUCCGCAGUGGGCCAAGUGCCUUUUCAGUAAUUGUUACAGUUUAUGGUUCAUUUGUCUGCCAGCAUAUGUCAGAGUUUCUCAUUCAAAGGUCAGAGCCCUGCAACAAGCAUAUGAUGUUCUUAUCAAAAUGAGGAAAACUGAAGUGGAACCACUAGAUGAAGUCUGCUAUAGAGUUGUAAUGCAGCUCUGUGGACUUUGGGGCCAUCCUGUUCUGGCUGUGAGGGUCCUUUUUGAAAUGAAAAAUGCAGGCAUUCACCCAAAUGCAAUCACCUAUGGCUACUACAACAAGGCAGUUUUGGAGAGCCCAUGGCCUAGCAGUAAUCGCAGUGGUGUAUUCCUCUGGACAAAGCUGCGGAAUGUGGUGUAUGGCAUGGCACAAUUUAGGCAGUGCCUCAGAAAGUCUGCGCAUAGUUCACAGGUCCCUUCAAUACCAGCUCCUCGGAUGGUCACAGGUGGAAGUGAUGGGGACACGGUGAGCCAUGGUAGUGUGGAUAGUUCUAAUGAUGCUAACAGUGGGGAGCACACACCCUUCGUCAGAGACUUAGUCAGGCUUGAUUCCAUGGGUAAUCACUCUAGCACAGGGGGUCAGUCUGAUCAAGGCUACGGUUCCAAAGACGAACUUAUAAAGGAUGAUGGAGAUAGUCUUCAUACAUCAGACAUGCUUGUAGAAAAAGAACUUGUUACUAAGAGUGAAGACCUAAUUGGAGAGUUUUGUAGUACCAAUGUGUGUGGUGAAAAACAACAUCCUAAUACAGAGCCCCACAGCCCAGUAGAAACACCUGUGCACCUUGGCAGCAGUAUUGUGAAGGUUCCCUCCGGUGUGUUUGAUGGCACUAACAGGAAGAGCAGCAGUGGAUCUCCAUCCAGUCCAUUGUUUGUAACUCAGGAAUCUGUUGAAGAUUCUGUGUUUGAUCAUACUUCUCCCAAGCGAACAAGUGAAAAAGGGAAGAAAAGGCAGAAGCUUUUUUCAGAAAGAAGCUGUAGCUUUAGCACUGAAAGCAGAGCAGGCAUGUUGAGGAAGAAAAGCAGCUUGGACCUGAACUCAAGCGAGGUAGCAAUAAUGAUGGGAGCAGAUGCUAAGAUCCUCACAGCAGCUCUGUCUGGGACCAAAACAUCACCCCCCUGUAUGAUCGAAUCUCAUAACUUUGAUAAUGUGGUUGGCUGCCAGUUCUUCUUUGGCCCAGAUACUGCUAGGACUCGUUUGAAUGAAAAUAUUUGGGAAGCGGAAUCUAGGUCAUCACCUGUUCUGGAGGAGCCUGAGGAAGGACAUGAACAACUUGAAAAUGGGUACGACAACAGUACAGCCAAAGUAGAGAAUACUAACCCCCAAACUCUCAAUACUGUCCAGUCCAAAACUGAGGAAACUGAAACCAAAGAGACAGCAAAUAAGAGAAAUAGUUUUUAUGGUGUGGCUAAGCCUGUUGAAAGGGAAGAUGUUCAAGUGGGCUUGGACCCUUUAUCUUUGCUGGCAACUGAGACUGUAGAACCAAAACCUUCUGAACAGGAAGAAAAGAUUAUGUCACCUGUUGUAGCACGCAAUCUGGCCGACGAAAUUGAAAGCUACAUGAAUCUUAAAAGUCCCCUGGGCAGCAAAUCUUCCAGUAUGGAACUACACAAGAAAGAGAGCAGUGAAGAGGCAGCCUUCCCUAACUUACUAGACCCUUCUCUGGAGAGGAGGUCAAGCCUGCCUUCAGAUUCCGCACCACCAUCCCAGGUUCAGAAUACCAGUCGUAAAAGUCCAUCUGUUUCCAGGUCUAAAACCUUUACUGGAAGACCAAAACAACUGACUCUUUCACAUACCCCAAAAGAGCGGUCUACAUCUUUAACAGGGCUGGGUCGGUCUUCACCACAGGCAUUGAGUGCAGUAGGAACAACUUUAUCAGCUCUGAAGCUAGACAGCAUAUUAUCUGGACCUAAAAUGGAUGUUCUGAAGUCUGGCAUGAAACGAGCUGCUAUUGUAGCCAGCAAGAUGUGGGGAACUGUGGCCUCAGCAUAUAGCUAUUCAGAUGAUGAGGCAAAAAGCAGUCGUCCUGAUUUUACCUUUCCUGCUGGCUUUGAAGACCAUAUUUUAGGUGUCAAUCAGUCACAAAAAAUAGGCACUGCAGGGCUUGUAACCAAUGAACUUGCACAGAGUACAACCAGUCUUGGAAGCAGCAGCAGCAGUGGAGACACAGGCAGGCACUACCAAACAGGCGAAGUUCCAUUUCCAAGAAGUAUGAAAGGUCUGGAUUCUGAAAAGUCUGAACAUGCCUCUUCCCACAACACCAGUUUGUCUAGUAUCUUUCAGAACUGUGCAAUGGAGGUCUUAAUGUCAAGUUGUUCUCAGUGUCGAGUAUGUGGAGCAUUGGUUUAUGAUGAAGAAAUCAUGGCAGGAUGGACUGCAGAUGAUUCUAAUUUGAAUACUACUUGUCCAUUCUGCAAAAGCACUUUCUUACCUCUUCUCAAUGUGGAGUUUAAAGACCUGCGUGGUUUUGCAAGCAUACUUUUGAAACCCAGUAACUCUGGUGACAGUUUACACAGCAGCAACAUUCCUUUAACCACUGAUUCCCUGGAGCAGAAGCCUGUUUCCACUCCUGCAACUGAUUUAAUCAGUUUUGCAGAACCUUCAAAUACCAACCAGACAAUCACUGAAGAAAGCAGCACCACAGCUGUUCAAAGUAGUGGUCUAGCAGAAGAAGAGAAUGGGAAUCUCAAACCAGCAAGGCCAUCGGUUGCAAGUAACUCAUCAAAAAGAGGAGCUUCUCUGACUCGGAGCCACAGUGUUGGUGGCCCCUUGCAAAAUAUUGAUCUCCUGCAGAGACCAUCUCAUGGAAUUUCAACAGUUAGUCUUCCUAACAGUUUGCAAGAGGCUGUGGAUCCCUUAGCUAAAAGGCCAAAUCCUUUACCUGUAUCAGUGCCCUAUUUGAGCCCUUUGGUACUUCGGAAAGAACUAGAAUCCUUGUUGGAGAAUGAGGGAGAACAAGUGAUCCACACUUCAACAUUUAUCAAUCAGCAUCCUAUUAUUUUCUGGAACCUAAUGUGGUAUUUCACUCGCCUGGACCUUCCAAGUAACUUGCCAGGGCUCAUUCUAACAUCAGAGCACUGUAACGAGGGUGUGAAGCUUCCACUGUCAAAUUUGACUCAAGACAGCAAGCUAGUGUACAUCCAGCUACUGUGGGACAACAUCAAUCUUCACCAAGAACCUGGAGAGCCCCUGUAUAUCUCUUGGAGAAAUCUCAAUUCUACAGAGAAGAAGCCCCCAAUAGCUUCAGAAGAGCAACAAGCAAUAAGCACUUUAGCUGAAAGCAUCAAACUGAAUAUUCAACACAAUGAUGUUGUUAAACCCAUCAGUCACCUUGUGCAGAAAGUUAAACCGGAUGGAAAACGACAAAGGAGUUUUUACAGAGAAAUUCUCUUCCUGUCCCUGGUGUCCCUUGGCAGAGAGAAUAUCGACAUUGAGGCCUUUGACAACGAGUACAGAGCUGCAUACAAAAGCUUACCACCAGAAGUGCUUGAAAAAAUGCAGAAGAUUGAUGCUCCACCCAGCAGCAACGUUGAAUGGUGUAGGAAAUGCUUUGGAGCGCCUGUCAUAUAAACCCCAAGAAGAUGCAGUACAAAGUUCAUAAGACAAAAAGGAGAGGAGGGGCAAAACUUGGAAACAUGUCAAUUUGGAUUCAGGGUCACACACACCCCAGUUAAAACUACUGUGUCCAGUCCGGGUCGGUGGUCAGUGUGGCGUUCUUCUGCAGCAGUUUAUGAAGUACAUAUCAGCUCAUGAAUUAGAGUAAAGAGAGGUUUUGCCUUUGUAAUUGACUGGUCACGUUCAAUCAUAUCUACCAUUCUUUGCCUUUUGUUUAGAAGAGAAGAAUGACAGCAAGGACCAGCAUUUAUUUGGUGCCUUUCUUUUAAAGACUUGAAACAUGGUCUCCUCUCUAGGCCGAGUAUAUGAAAUCAAUCUUUUUCUUAUGGCACAAUCCCUGUUUCUGAAGUAAUCUGUUAGUUGCAUGUAUAUGUACAUACAUUGUACAUUGGAAUUGUAUAUUGCAAUUCUUUUGCCUUGGGUCAAAUGACCAAAUGGUAGCUUUAGUUAAUGCCCUUCUUCUUGAAAACAAUCACUGUCUCAGUUAAUAGCAAAAAUAUAGCCUUGGUGUAGGCUGUUGUAAAACUUAUUAUUUCUGUUCAUAGUAUAUUACUUUAAUGAAUGUUUAAACUGUACAUACAAGGUUCUGUUCUCCCAAGCAAUGAUGGGUUUCUACCCUGAGUGGCUGUAAGGCGGUUGCCUUUCUUAAAAGGAAAGCAGAGAAUAUAAAUGAAUCUAGGGUGCAUAAAAGGGUGUGAAAUAAAUGACUAUAUGCAUUUUUAGCAUUUGUGUAAAAUAUAUCUUUGGGGCAAAGCUUCAGGUGCACUAAUGCCUUAAACCACCUCAUCUUUUUAACCUGUGGGACAAUUGUUCUGUGUUUUGCACUGUCCAAGUUAAAUAUGUCUAUCAUAAAUGUAUUUAUACUCACACAAAGAGAUGUUUACCAAGAGUGAAAAAGCCAACUUUUAAUUAUCUUAAAAAUUUUAAACUGCAAGUUGAUCUUAAGGGGGAAAUGUACUUUCAUUUACAGCUCAUCUUCCUUAACAGUACUAAACACUGCAGUUCCAAAAUGGAAGUUGGAUUUUGAUCACCAGCAUCAGAUGACAGUACUUACAUUGGAUGGGAAUUGUGUACAGUCCUGCUUCUCUUCACUUCAGAUAAUGAAGUGAUGCUCAAACAUGUUUAUCAGUUACUUUAUGAAGCAAGUCCAUUAGGAGCAAUUUGUGGCUAAUGACUAACAGUACAAACUUGUUCUUAAUCUACAAUGUAUUCUGCCCAUAGUCAUCUUUCACACUUCGGUAGUGCUAGUAGAGAAAUCUUGUGCAAAGCAUGACAGGGUCACAAACAUUUGGGAAACAGCAUAGUCUUUUCAAUAAAGUAGUGAGUGUUGCACUUUUCAAAACAUGUUUAGGCACUUUAGGUUCAAAUAACUGUUCACGCAACCACAUUUCAAUAUAUAUUUACUGAGAAUUUAUUUUUAAUGUCAAUUCCAUGCUUUUAAAAAGCACAGUAUGAAAACAUGUACUUGUUCCAUCCUUUUAAUUGUCUACCCCCUCUCCCACUCCAUUUUUUUUUUUUAAAGUGUGGGAGUCUGGUGUCUUAAACUAGCCUAUGGAAUUAUUUGGUGUAUUGUAUCUUCAUUUUAUCUCCUCAGAGAACUUUUCAACUAACCAUGUUAAUAAAAAUCCUUCACUAAGUACACUUCUGUGUGUUCAUACUUCAUAUUGAUUAUGGCACUGAUUAAUAUGCUAAGUAUAAACAACAAAAAGUAAACACUGUGCCUGGAAUUUUUCCUGGUGGUGUUUCUGGAGACCAUUUAUGGUCUUGAGUUCACAAUAACAGUUUAUCUUAGACUGAAAUCAAGGGGACUAAUCUGACUUAAGUCAGGGUUUUGUGUGUGUGUGUGUGUGUGAAAUGUCUUGUUGAGUUUCUUUUAAUAUAAACAUCUUCAUUGAAAGUGAACAUUUUAAACAACCUUAAAUCUAUCAAAACAAUUGACAAAAAAAAGAGUAAGGCAAAUAACAUGUUUGUCCUUUGAGUAACACAGAAUUAGAGGGAGAACUCGUCAGGAAGCCAAGGCUUUGCAAAGUUAUUUCAUUUUUGUGUGAUCCUGUGUAUACGGUAUGUCCUUGGAAGUAAGUCUUGGUGAAUUUUGUAGGACUUACUUCCAAGUAAACAUGCAUAGGAUGGCAGCCUUAAUCUGCCAAGCAGGUACUAUGUAAAAAUAUCACCUUUUUGUAGUGUAGCUCACUGAAGCAGCUCAUGCUCCUAAAUCUCUGCAUUGUUAGUGCAGAGAACUUUUUGAAAAUAUGGUUGGAUUUUAAGGGUAAAAGAAUUGGUUGAAAGUGUACAUAAGCUGCUGAGACAUAUUGUCAUUACUGUAAUUUAACCUUAAAAGGGGUAUGUAUUGCACUGCCAAGUAAAUCAGAUGAAUUAUAAUGGCAGAGUGAUCGUCUGUUAAACGUAGUCUUGACCAUUUUCAAUUAACACAAAUAGUCACAGAAUAAACACCAUGUUGAGUAUAUACACAUUUUUCAAUCCAAUUUUUUAAAGUAGUGUCUAGAUUUAUUCAUUUCUGUAGCUAAAAUUCUGAUUGAUCAUGCACUUAUGGAUGAAUGAUUAGUAUAGUUCAAACCAAGUAGUGUUAUCCAGCUUGAUUAGAUUUUCCAGGUAUAGUAACAUAAUACAUUACAGGGUAUUUUUAAAACUUGUAUUGAAUGCUUACAACCUGUUUUGGGAACACACUUUAAGAGAAACUAAGGCAAGCCUCCAUUUAUAAGUUUAGGCCACUAAUCCAUUUUAUUUAUUCAGUGCAAAAAACUAAAGUGCAAGAAAAUGUGCUUUUCAUAAACUGGUGAUUUAGAGCCAGUACUCUUGAAGCCACAUCCUGAGGCUUAUGACUUUUCUAUGUCUUCCUUGUAAGAUAUGUUGCUUAAGGCACACUCUAAGUUACCACUUAACAGUUAAGCUUUGGGGAGGGUUGGGAUUAAGUUUGUUGCACUGUAUAUUUUUUAAAAAGCUAGAUUGGAAAAAUCUAUCAAAUCCUGCAUUUCAAUGGUGCAAAUAUCAAAGGGAUUAAUUGGGGGGUGGUUUUUUACCAUUACAAGCAACAUGGAGUUCCUUUGGGGAGCUUAAAUUGUAAAUUUGUAAUAUGAAGGACUGAAUGAAAUACCUUCAGAUGGAAAGUUUUCUAUUACUAAUGCAAUAAAUAUUGUACUAGCUCUAGGAUUAUUUCAGCUGUUCAGCUAACAUCAAUUCACUGUGCUUUAAUCUAACCAGCAUCUAUCUAAUGUUUUUUGUACAUAAGUUUAAAAGGGCACUCUUUUUUGACUUUGUAUAGAUACCCUAGAUGAUUUAGAAACCACUGGACAAUGUUUUCUCAAAAAUAAACUUCUACAAAUAUCA